AUGUCCCUCUUCGGUCGUUAUUAUCGCCAGGAUCUCACCGACGAAGUCUUGUCGUUGGUCGUUCAGGGCGGAGUCAUCCGUGUUGAAGUCAUGAAUGCGGGACCGAUGGCCGGUCUCGGUCUUAGCGACGCUGACGCUGCUGACCGUGGUAAGAUGAAGAACCAUUGGAGGUUCGCCGCGGUACUCAAGGAUGACAAUGGUACCUCCUAUGGCACCACCUUCGGGGUCGAUCCCGAAAAUCCCGCGAGCGACGAACAAAACGCUGAUUUCGUAAGAAGCAAAGAACCUCCCAUGUUGAACAAGGACGUGGUGUGGAAGGACAUUGACAGAUCUGGUACCGCGGUCGUUCGUGCCUUCCCUAUCAUUCGUUCUGCAAGCGGUGUCCCCACUGGAAGCAAAGGCAAACCUCCCAUGUGGAGCGACAAGGAGGAUUUCGAGCAUAUAGUUUCUCUUGAUAAAUCUGGUGCUUCGAUUGUUCAUGCCCCUGCUGGUAUUCGUUCUGCAAGCGGUGUUUACAUCCGCCAACGUGCCGAGGGGACGCCCCAAGCAGGUAUCUUCGGAUUGAGAAUCAGUGAAUAUUACACCCCCUCCGAUAACACUUUCGCCGUUUUCCACAUCCCUGUCACCAUUGAGCGUUUGACUCUCGGCGAAAUCUUGUUGACCUUUGAAGAACAGGGUAUGUUCCCCUUCUUUUUCAGGAAGCUGGAUUUUGCUAUAUUUGGAUGCCGGGACUUCAUUUUCAACGCGGUUGCAAGGCUCAUAGAGAAAGGCUACACGGACGGCUUCGUGAAGGAGGAAGAGAAGCACAUUUUUGAACUCUUGAACUUCCGCUACUCCCGUGCCCGCGAAGAUAUCGUCGGUGCUAUGACACUCAAAUCGUCAACCAAAGCUCGCUAUUUUGAGAGCGCUGUGGAUCGGGCUGUCUGGCCCCAGGGUUUCAUUGCUGCCGUGGAUGACCGUGUCAAGUUCAACUAA